UAUAUCUGAGGCUCAGUGAAGCGCGAGCGUGUAACUUUUAAUGUGUAUGACGCCGACCUGUUUUCGUCAUCGAAAGAAAGAGGAAGAACUGUGCAACUGCGACAAGUCACCGACACCCUUCCGCAGUGGUUGGACGUGUAAUUUUGAAGGUUCCCCGCAAGAGGUCGCCGCUCGCCAAGAGAUGAUCCGUGUGUCCGCAGUGCCGCUUGCCUACGAGGAGUGCGUUUGAUUGUUGCAGGGCUCAAUGGCGGACGUAGCAGGGUAGUCGCGUACAUCACCGAGCACAAUAAUCUUCGCAGUCCGGCGCGCCGCUCCAUUUCCAGCCUGCGGUGUAUUUAGUGGCCGCGAUAGGCUCCCCCCCCCAGUCCCCCUUCCCUUGUUGGUCUUUUUGCACUUUCGAGUUCGCAUCCGAGCGAGGAAGUUAACACCGUUCAUGCUGGCUCGAUAGAGGCAGCUAGUUUGCGGGCGAAACAUGGGGGAGUCUCUUGAAUUGAUUGGGAAACGUCUACUCUUGCUCCUCGGCGACGGAGGGACUGCCAACGGAUCCGAGUCGGAACAGAGGCCGCGAGCCCGGGACUGGCUUCGAGGGACGGUGCGGGCGGUGAGCGUCAUCGGCCUGGGCGUCCCGGAGGCUAGCGGAGGAGAGGCGACAACAACAACUCCUGCUGCGGGACUGACGGUGUUUGUGGAGUUUGAGAAUGCUUCGCAGCGGUGUUCAUGGGUGCAGGUGUACGAUGAAGCCGUUAAGGCUCUGUUGGUGGAAGAUUCAAUCGUUUGGGCCGCUAGGAGUCCUGCUACUGUCACUUCUGGAUCAACCACAGCCUGGCCCGCUCUGGCUUUUCAUUCAAUAGUGGACAGAGUGGGUUUAGGAUCUGUGCUUCCGGUGCAGUAUUUUGGAAGCAACAGUCUCGAGUUCCUACCUGACAAAAAGUCUAUCCACCGGUUUGAGGUUGACAAAGACAUCAAGCAUCCACUGCUGUUGGAGCAACCCUCUGUGCAGACUGCCAUCUCCAGCUGGCGAAGCGAUUUUGAACUGCAAGAGAUUCUCAGGAAGGGCUCAUACACAAUUCAAGGACGAAGAGUAUGUGUGUAUCAGCCAGAGCUUGAGGAAUGCUGGGCCGUGGGACUUGUCUCGCAGCACGACUUGAUCUCCCACAUAAUGGAGAUUAUGUUGGAUAAGAAUAAAGAAAAGCAGCUGGUGGACCCCCGCGUCAUCCAUGUCAUGCUGGAGGAAGAAGAGGUUGGUAAGAAUGGCUGCCGAAAGACGGACAGUGAAACACAUAAGGGUGAUAAUAGUCGCAGACGCAGGACUGCCUCUGAGGAGGAGGACAUGAACUUGAAGCGUUUUAAAGGAGCAGCGGAUUUGGAAGCUGACGAGCAGAGAUGUGACGAUUCCAACAAAAACGUGACCGAAGGGACAGACAUGUGGGGAGGAGAGGCUGGUGAAAGAGUCAGCAGCACAACCAGAAAUGGCGGCACCUCGGUGGGAAGCUUUCCUCAGUGUCAAAUGUCAUCUCCUGCCAAUUCAUCCGUCCAGAUGGAUCAGUCAAAUGCCACCGCAAUGCAUUAUUAUACCCAUGUAAAAGAGAAUGGUCGAAUGCUCUCCACACAAGGUGCAGCAGAUUCGACCACCUCAGUUUCUCAUACCCCUGUCCCUCCUCCCCUCAAACCAGCACCAUCUCCCUUCUCUGCUACUGCUUUCCCCUCUCUAGGCCAGAUGCCAAGCCUGGUCCCCGGAGCCCCAGUCCUCAAACCUUCGUCAUCUCCCCUACCAGUCAGAGAAGAGUCCUCCAAAUCCUUUUCCAAAACUGCAGCUCUUGUUUCUCCUGGCCCUGUCACCAUUUCUUGGUCUUCCUCUGACAGCAGCCCAAGUGUAGCACUGUCUGGCUCUGGAGGCUUUACUUCCAAGGCUCCCUCUUGGGGAAGCCAGACUGAGGGAACUAUGACUGCAUUGGGUUAUCGGCUACCAUCAACUCUUCCUGCUGCCACUGUUUUUGGAGAGGCUACCUCACAGACCAAUGGAGCUCCUACUGGUUCUGCAACUUCCAAGGACACUCCCAGACCCUUUGGAUUUGGCUUUGGUAGAGAUAAGAGUGACUCUCAAUCCCAACAAGAUCAAAACUUGUUUUUCCAGUGCAUGUCAAAGAAUUCAGACUCCAACCCGGGUCUAGCUGGUACACAAAGCCAGGCCAAGGAUACUAAUUACUUUGCUGCAGUCUCAGAAACCAUCAGUAAAGAGCCCCCAAGCCUUUUCAGGUCUGGUACAGAAGGGAUAAAAAAGCCGUUGCAGACCAAAACACCUGACAUUCAUCCAACAGGAAAUGGUGUGCUGACUAACUCUUCACCAGCCUUUCCAACCAUGGGUAGCUCUCCUGCUGGAAGGGGCUCUGCCACAGGUGGUUCCACAGCAGCAUCUGGCCUCCAAAAUAUUUUAAAGAGUUGUAAUAAUGGUACAUUGACAGGUGCUGUGGCGAUGCCGUCUAGUUUUAAUCUUUCAGAGAGCCAUCAGAACCUUUUUCUUCAGGGCUCCAAAGAUCCAGCGAAUCCAUUUUUGGCGUACGGGGACAAAAACAUGCAUACACCGUUUGCUGGACUCUCCAGAGUUGACUCUGAAUCUGACAACAAGCCCAAUCUUUUCACUAUGGCAGAGACACCUAAGGCCAUCCUAUCUUCACCUUUCUUAGCCCACUCAUCUGCUGCUUCACCCAGCUCUUCAACCUCUCCAGCACCAACCUCAUGUCAAAAAGCCCAGAAUGAAGGUGCACUGAUAAAAGAUGAAAAGGCAGUUGGGGAGAUGCCAUCAUCCACUUCAGGGAGCUCUGUUUUUGGGACAGGUGGCCCUGCCAGGCCAGGCAGCUCUGUUUUUUUAACAACUAGCCCUCCUAAAAUAGAUCAGCUGCCUGCGUCUUUUGACCAUAACCUGACUCAGAAGUUUGCCUUGGAGGAAAGAGCACAGUCAACCAAACGUGACUCCGACUUAAGCAGUAACAGUGACCUGUCAGACCUGAGUGAAAAUGAGGACGGGCCGGACAAAGGGCAAGGCCAUGGAGAAUCAUCGCAGUCUGCAAAGGAUGGAGCCAUGCUGCAGAAAGCUAAAAUCCAAGGCGCCGCUAAAAGCCGUCCACGUAAUAAGCCUUUCAAAGUGGGCCAGUCUGUACUGAAAGACCAGAGUAAAGUGCGCCGUCUGAAGCAGUCUGGUGAGUCCUUCCUCCAGGAUGGCUCGUGUAUCAACGUGGCUCCUCACUUGCACAAGUGCCGCGAGUGUCGCCUGGAGCGCUACCGUAAAUCUCGCAACACAGAUGAUGAUAGUGAGGAAGAUGAUGAUCCAAAUGUUGCUUGCCGUUUCUUCCACUUCCGAAGGUUGGCUUUCACACGUAAGGGUAUAUUGCGUGUUGAAGGUUUCCUAAGCCCUCAGCAGAGCGACUCGAUGGCCAUGGGUCUUUGGCUACCUGCACCUGCUGUGCAAGAGGGGCUUGACCUCGAUACGUCCAAGUAUAUCCUGGCCAAUGUGGGUGACCAGUUCUGCCAGCUGGUCAUGUCCGAAAAGGAGGCCAUGAUGAUGGUGGAACCUCACCAGAAAGUAGCAUGGAAACGUGCUGUGCGGGGGGUGAGGGAAAUGUGUGACGUGUGUGAGACCACUUUGUUCAACAUCCACUGGGUGUGCCGCAAGUGUGGGUUCGGUGUGUGUCUGGACUGCUAUCGACUUCGCAGGAACAGACCAAGAGAUGACAUAGAAGAAGGUUCAGUGGAUGGAGUUUUCUCUUGGCUGAAAUGUGCUAAGGGCCAACCUCAUGAGCCAGAGAACCUGAUGCCGACACAGAUUAUCCCUGGGACAGCGCUUUACAACAUAGGUGACAUGGUGCACUUAGCAAGAGGAAAGUGGGGUAUCAAAGCCAACUGCCCCUGUGCCAGUCGACAUACUAAAUCCCUAGUCCGCCAUAGUGCCCCUAAUGGGAUUUCACAGCAGACACCACCAAACAGUACUGGUAUUUCUGGAACUACAGCUUCUGCUGUUGGCUCAACUCUAAAGUCAGAAAGCGAAACAUCAUCUAUGAAGACUGAAAUUCCACAAACAACAGUAUCAUCCGGUGGCGGGGAAAGUGUGAGCAGUAACACAAACAUCCCCACUGGUACAACAUCCCUAAGUAAUCUUGCACAGUCCUCCGCUAAGGAGUUGCGCACAUCAGGAGAGUGCAACAGCUCUGCUCUCCACUGGCUGGCAGACUUAGCCACACAGAAAUCCAAGGAUGACACAAAAGAAUCUGGUUCUCUUCGCGCCAUAAUGAAUCGGGAAAGUCGGCCUCCUUUUGGUCUGGACUCACUCAGUGCCCUGUCAAGGCCUUCGGCUUCAAGUCCCAAGCUCUUUAACAGCCUUUUACUGGGCUCCAGCGUGACCCAUUCCAAACCUGAAGGUUCUAGUCUCCGGGACUUGCUCAACUCUGGACCUGGGAAGCUUCCCCAAGGACAUGGAGAGAGCGGGGUACCAUUCCCAUCCGUCUUUACCUCCGGAAGUAGUGACAAGCUAAAGAGCAGCCUUCCCAACUUCUUGGACCACAUCAUCGCAUCAGUUGUGGAGACCAAGAAGGCAGAAGGCCGCCGUACCGGACCCUCUGAGGGAAGUGAUGUUGGUGUCUUGGGAGCUCGUAAAGACGGCGUAUUGGGCCUCAGUGUUUUGGAACCACACACCUCACACUCCUGGCUCUGUGAUGGGAGACUCCUUUGCCUCCAGGAUCCUAGCAAUAGUAACAAUUGGAAGAUCUUUAGAGAGUGCUGGAAGCAGGGACAACCUGUGUUGGUGUCAGGGAUCCAUAAACGACUGAAAUCUGAGUUGUGGCGUCCUGAGGCCUUUAGUGAGGAGUUUGGGGACCAGGAUGUAGACUUGGUCAAUUGUAGAAACUGUGCCAUCAUUAAUGAUGUGAAGGUGCGAGACUUUUGGGACGGUUUCCAGAUCAUCUCCAAGCGACUGAAAGAUGGUGAAGGUAACCCAAUGGUAUUGAAAUUAAAGGACUGGCCUCCAGGAGAGGACUUUCGGGAUAUGAUGCCCACACGGUUUGAUGAUUUGAUGGACAACCUUCCCUUGCCUGAGUACACUAAAAGAGAUGGCCGGCUCAACCUUGCCGCCCGUCUACCUAACUUUUUUGUACGACCAGAUUUAGGACCCAAGAUGUACAACGCUUAUGGACUGAUCUCGACAGAAGACAGGAAGGUGGGCACCACUAACCUUCAUCUUGAUGUCUCAGAUGCAGUCAAUGUCAUGGUUUACGUUGGAAUACCUCUUGGAGAAGGAGACAUGGAGAAAGAGGCAGAUAUCAAUGGACGCAAAGAGGUCAUGACUACUAUUGAGGAAGGAGAUGUGGAUGAAAUGACAAAAAGGAGAGUGUACACACAAAAUGAGAAACCCGGAGCUCUCUGGCACAUCUACGCUGCCAAGGAUGCAGAGAAAAUCAGAGAACUGCUGCGCAAGGUGGGAGAAGAGCAGGGUCAGGAGAACCCUCUCGACCAUGACCCCAUUCAUGAUCAGAGCUGGUACUUGGACCAGGUUCUCCGCCGCAGACUCUAUGAAGAGUAUGGUGUCCAGGGCUGGGCCAUAGUUCAAUUUUUAGGCGAUGCUGUUUUUAUCCCUGCUGGAGCGCCACACCAGGUACACAACUUGUACAGUUGUAUCAAAGUGGCUGAGGACUUUGUGUCUCCAGAGCAUGUGAGACACUGCUUCAGAUUGACGCAGGAGUUCCGACACCUGUCUACCACUCACACAAACCAUGAAGACAAGCUUCAGGUGAAAAACAUCAUUUAUCACGCAGUGAAGGACGCAGUCGGCACACUAAAGGCGCAUGACCCCAAACUAGCCCGCCCGUAGCCGCUGACCUCUUUGCCAUGACGGCUAGCCUCCCAAGACCACUUCACUCCACCACAUAAGACCUUGACAUUACAUACACACACUAUCAAGCUACAGAUUACAGACAUCAAGUGUAGUUUUUCAAGGGCAGUGAAAGUUUGUAUGUGGUGGAAUAUAAUGUCAAAUUCGGUGGAGGGGUUAGACCUGUUUUUUGUUUUUGUGCUUGUUGGAGAGCCAAUGAAGGAAGUCCUUAAUCGCUGUCUCACAGUAAGCGCAAACUUUCUUUUCUUUGUUUUGAUUAACUUUGUAUUUAAGGUCAAUGUGUUUGUUUUGUUGUUUCCAUUGUAUAUGUACAAUGUGCGAGUAAGGGAGGUAAAAGCUGACGUGCCUUCGGAGCAGAUGUUCAGCGACCAUAUAAGAAACUGAUAUGUGCGUUCCAGACUCAUCUUUCUAUUUUAAUUACGUCAAUGUAUUUCAAUAGAUGCAAGGUUAACCUGUUUUUUUGUAGAUUUUUGUUGUUGUUCUUGCAGUUUUCAAACUGGGUGCUUCUACCCUCAGUGGCUGAAAAUUGAUUUGUGAAGCAGCCAGUGAAAGAAGCAGACCAAAGUUUUGUAUUUUUAGUUUAUACUUAAAGGAGACUUUUCUUUUAUAACCCCCUUUAUCAUUGCACUGGUAAUGAUCAGGAGGAUUUCAUAGAAGAGGCUUUUUUGGGGGGGAUGGGAGGGAGGAAUAUUGUUUCCCAGGCUGAAUAACUGAAGAUUUCCAACAACAUUGUUCUAAAAUCACAUUUGCAGCUGAACAGAACUACUGGCCAUUAACAUUGUAUCAAUAUAUAUUGAUCUUAGCAGUCUGUUUUGAUUUUUCACAAUAAAGUUGAGAAAUGGUA